AUGGAAUUGACCAAAAUGUCAGACAUGACAAAGCUCCAUCAAGCUGUGGCAGCAGGGGACUACAAGUUAGUGAAAAGGAUUUUGAAGAAAGGUCUCUGUGACCCAAACUACAAGGACGUGGACUGGAAUGACCGGACCCCACUUCACUGGGCUGCAAUCAAAGGGCAAAUGGAGGUGCUGAACCUCCUGCUGGAACAUGGAGCCAGACCCUGCCUGGUAACUGAUGUGGGCUGGACCCCAGCUCAUUUCGCAGCUGAGUCUGGCCACCUGAACGUGCUCAAAACUCUGCAUGCUCUGCACGCCGCCAUCGAUGCUCCCGACUUCUUCGGAGACACACCCAAGAGGAUUGCACAGAUUUAUGGGCAGAAAUCAUGUGUGGCAUUCUUAGAGAAGGCAGAGAUGGAGUGCAGAGACCACCGCCGCGUUGCUGAGCAGAACGGGCUGCUGCUAGAUCAGUGUGAUGAAGACUGGGAUGUCAAAAAGAGAGAGUUGGAGCAGUCUCUUCCGUCAAGUCAGAACACUACCAAGAACAAGAAUAGUCGAGGCCCAGCCAGGUUCAGGAAUCUCAGGGGCAGGAGAAUGUGA